AGCAUGAGAUAAAAUAACACAUUUCAGCCGCCCCCUUCCCUAAUUAUUUUUAUGCUCUCUCACCGAUCAGUAGCUUAGUUCAAGUAAACUGCCCUCAAAACCGAACCGAUUCUCUAUUUCUAUCUCUCUCUUUCUCAAUUCUCAAACUCUAUCGUUUCGUUCUAAUUUCCGCUGCCGAAUUGUUUGCUGGAUCUUCAGGGAAAUGGGUACGCUUCUUCGUUCUUCGCACACUUGUUUUCGUUCUCAUUGUUAUUCUACGCUUACUGCUGCUACUACUGCUAGUAUUGCUAGUGCUAAAAAAAACCCGAAUCACUAUCUGAAUCAAAAUCAUUUCUUGGAACCUGUUAGAGAUCAGUGCAAAUCUAGAAGCUUUAGGAAUGUUGAUCAUGCCUUAGACCUGUUUGAUAAAAUGCUUCACACGCGCCCUUUGCCUUCCAUUUACGAUUUUAAUCACGUGUUGGCUGGCAUUGCAAGAAUGAAGCAUUACCCAGUAGUCAUUUCUCUAGUUAAACGAAUCGAAUCAUUCGGUAUCUCUCCUAAUGUUUGUACUCUUACUAUUUUGAUUAACUGCUUCUGCCAUUUAAACUGUCUAGAUUUUGGGUUCUCCGUCUUUGCAACAAUUUUGAAACUUGGUUAUCACCCAAACUCUAUUCCUCUAAACACCCUUGUCAAGGGUCUCUGUCUUCAAGGUGACAUUGCUGGAGCUGUGAAGUUGGUAGAAGAUAUGGAGAAGAAAGGGUAUCAACCUGAUGCAUUUACUUGUGGAACGAUACUAAAUGCUUUGUGUAAGAUUGGUAAGACUGAUAUGGCUAUUGGGUUGCUCAGGAAAUUGGAAGGAGAUUUUGAGCUUGAUCUGACAGCGUAUAACACAAUCAUUGAUAGUUUAUGUAAGGAUAGGUUGGUCACUGAGGCCUUGAACUUUUUGACUGAAAUGAUGAGUAAAGGCAUUCAGCCGGACCUUAUCACUUACAAUUCCUUAAUUCAAGGCCUAUGCAAUUGCGGCAGGUGGAGAGAGGCUAAUACUUUGUUGAAUGAGAUGGCACAGAGGAAGAUCGUGCCAGGUGUGUGGACCUUCAACAUAUUGGUAGACGCAUUUUGCAAAGAGGGGAUGUUGAUAGAGGCAAAAAAAGUUUUUGAUAAGAUGAUUCAAAGAGGUAUUGAGCCUGAUGUAGUCUCUUAUAAUUCUUUAAUUGAUGGAUACUGUUUGCAAAAUAAAUUGAAGGAUGCCAUCGACGCAUUGAACAUGAUGGUUGAGAGGGGUUGUUCACCUAAUGUUGUUAGCUAUAGCACAUUGAUUAAUGGAUUUUGUAAAAAUAAAAGAAUUGGUGAGGCAAUGAAUCUCUUUAAUGAAAUGUCCAACAAGGGAGUAACUCCUAAUGUUGUGACUUACAACACUCUUAUAGGUGGGUUUUGUCGAGUGGAGAGACACAAGGCUGCUCUAAAGCUAUUCCAUAAAAUGCAAGCUUGUGGCCAACUUCCAAAUCCUCAAACUUAUGCUGUCUUGUUGGACGGCCUGUGUAAGAAUGGACAAGUUGUUGAGGCAGUAAAAGUGUUUCUUGAGAUGGAAGACAAAAUGUUGGGCAACAAUAUUGUGAUUUACAGCAUUUUGAUUGAUGGUUUGUGUAAUGUCGGGAAUCUUACAGUUGCAAGAGAACUCUUUUAUAGUCUACCUGCGAAAGGAUUGCAACCCAAUGUUCAAACUUACACCAUAAUGCUCAAAGGGCUUUGCAAAGAGGGACUGCUAGAAGAAGCAAGUGAGAUAUUUGAGAAAAUGGAUGGGAGCGGUUGUUCACCUGACGAUCGCACAUAUAACACAAUAAUCCAAGGGUUACUGCAACAUAAUGGGACAUCAAAGGCAAUGAAAUAUCUUGAAAUAAUGGAUGACAAGGGUUUUUCAGCAAAUGCAACCACUGCAUCCAUGUUGGUUGACUUGCUAUCUGCAAAUCCAGCAGAUAAAGCACUUCAAGAAUUACUUAUUAAGACUUUGCCGGUCAAUCUAUAAGGUGUAUGUAUAUUUGUCGAAAGUGGUUAUUUACUUUUUAUUUUUUAUUUUUUAUGAAGUGAUGUUUCUUUUCAUAUCAUUGAUGUUUUUUCCAUUUCAAAUUUUCUAGCAAAAGAAUACCAAUGGCAGGAAAGGUGCUUAACAUGUUAAUUAAGCAUUAUGAUCCCUGUUUGUAUGUUACUGUUCUUUGAAAUCUUCUUGUUGGAGUUGAAGUGUAUUGGAAGCUUAACUU